CUUUUGACUGAUCUUCUCAGAUAUUCCCGCUUAGUGAAGUGUACCAUAUAAUAGGUCUGUUUAUGAUAAGGCCAUGCUGCCAUCUAAGUUAUUUUCUUGACUCAAGGUAUCGCCUGAAAUGUAACAACAAUACACGUGUGUCAAAUACAUUGCUCAAUUGUUUUAGGAAUAUACAACAACGAGACAGCGCCGUUGAAAGAAGACUGGAAGGUCAGACACUUUGCUUGGAUUUCGGAGAGUAUGAAAUUGUUUUGUUUUAUUCGUGAUAGAAAGACAAAUUGAAGGAUAAAUACAGAGGUAUGUACUACUAACAUUGGUUUACUAAGUGCCUUGAAACCUGAAUCAGGGCACUGGACAUGUAGGAUGGCGGAAAAUCACUAUGUUAAGUUCAAAUUUGAAGCAACGUAAGGUGAAUACAAUGGACUCAUUUCAAGAUGGUGGCCACAAGCUUAUGAAUACUGAGCACAACAACUUUUCACAAGGUAUGGAGGGUUCUUAUAUGAAUCCAGAGAUGACCCAUUAUGGACCAAACCCUGGAGAACAGGGUAUGGGUCCUGACAGUUACGGUAGGAUGAAUGAGGGGAUAGCUCAUGGACAAAUGUCACAGUAUAACCCAUACAAUAGAUCAGCUUAUCCAGGCAUGGAUAAUGGUAUGGGAAAUGAAUAUUCAAGUCAUAGCACUGCAUAUGGACAGUAUCAACAGCCUGGUAGCCGUGGAAGUUUUCCUGGAGGUCCACGGCCACCAAUGGGACCUGUCAGGCCAGGGGCAGGUGCCCACAGUGGGGGUAUGAUUCCGGGACCAGGGGCUUACAAUUCAAACCAGCAGAGAAUGCUGUCAGGACAAACAAUAUCUCAGCAAUCAGGGCCAACACCUACACUCAAUCAGUUGUUGCAAACUCCAAAUUCACAGCCCCGCUACCAAAACAACUACGAGGGCUACCAGGGACCGCAAAAGGGGCCAGAAAUUAGUGCCAGCAAUGGACCCUAUGGAAUGCCACAGGGUUGGAUUCAAAAUCAAAGAGGGAUGGGCAACUAUCCUCCAAUGUCAAUGUCUGGAUCUUCCCCUUACAGGGGCCAGGGUCAGCAGAGUUACAAUCAGCAAGGUUUCAACCAGCCUCCCAAUUCUCAGUCACAGUACAGCAGUCAGGGCUCAAUACAACAACAGCCUCAACCUCCGGGACAGCCCCCGGGGUCAUCACCACAGCAACAGAGACCUACUCCACAACCAUCACCUCAUCAACAAAUUAGUCCAGCCCCAUCACCAUCACCAGCUCACCGUUUGACCCCAAAUCCUUCGCCAGGACCACAGCGACCCCAGCCGCAGCCAUCACCAGGCCAGCAGCGUCCUUCACAACCCUCACCGUCACCUUCACAAAGGUCAUCGUCAUCACAGUUGUCUCCCCCGGGGUCAUCACCAGGGCAACAAAACUUGUUACCAAAUUCACAGCAUAAUCAUCUUUCUAGUCCAAAAGAAUCCUCCACUGAAGAUGUAAAAGGGGAGGGAACUCCUAUGAGCAAUUCAUCUAGACCAGAACCCUCACCAGGAUCUGUUAGUUCAAGGUCAAACACACCAGCCUCUAUCUCAGGUGCAAGUCCUAUGCCCCCUCGACCCUCGUCACAACAGGAUGGUUCACAACAAAAUUCACGCAUGAGUCAGUCACCAAUGCCAGCUACAGGGUAUAAUCAGCAGAUGAUGCCCCCGCCCAUGGGGCCCAAUCAGAUGGGAGGAUAUAAUCCGGGCAGCAAGAUGGCUGCAGGUCAGCAGGGGUCAUACAAUCACCACUAUCAGAACUCACAGUAUCCACAGUCAGGUGGAGGGAAUUUCCCAAUGCGACAUCCAGCCCCAGGUAUGGGAAAUUACCCACAGAAUAUGUAUAACGGACCCAGUCAGAUGGGGCCUGGAGGUCAACCCAUGUAUAACAGUAUGAGUGGCCCUGGAAUGGGCAGGAAUAAUUAUAACAAUAUGUACAGUGGUCAAGGAGGCAUGAUGGGAAUAAACAAUCAGUAUGGAAAUUACAGCGGCCCUGGACAAACUCCUCAAAGUGGCCCUGCUCCAGGAAUGAGCAGCCCUGGACCUAGUGCUAAUGGACCACAAGCAAACGUUAAUUCUAUGGCUGGCACAAGUAGUGGAUCCAAUGGACCAAUGUCUGGACCACCUGUUCAAGGACCGACACCAAUCAAGGGUGCUCAAGCAGCAGCACAGGCGGCCAUGGCAGCAGCUAAUGCAGCGGCGCGCUCGCAACCCAGUCCUGGUAGACCGAGCCAACCGCAGCAGAGAGCGUAUAAUCCAAAUAUGCCUGUUGGUCCUCAUUCCAUGCCUCCGCAGUCAAUGAGCCCGUUAAGUCAUAUGGGACAGAUGAAUCAAAUGGGGUAUAAUUCCACAAACAGUCUGUCACCACAUCCGCAGAACUCUGUUUCACCUGUGCCUCCAAAUGUAAUGGGUCAGAAUAUGCCUCCAUCAGGAAAGAUGCAUAAUAGUUCUAGUGUUAAUAAUUACAAUAGUGAACAACCACUUCCAAAGUCUAAAUCAAAGUCUAAAUCUGUGACAAAUACAAACUUACCUCCAACAAAUAUACCAAACAGUUUGAGAAAUUCCACCGCGUCUCCGCAUAUGGGAAUGGCCAGUCCGUCAAUGCAGGACCCAAAUAUGCAGCCCCAUCAGCCUGUGUCAACGCCAGCGUCUACGCUGUCAGAUGCAGGAUCUCAUUCUAAUGAUUCUACUAGUAUGGGACCAGUGAUGAAUAAUGACUCGAAUGCAACACUGCAUUCAGCAUCAGGUCCUAAUGGAAUGCCAGCGAGUGGUGCACCAGAUAUGCCACAGUCUGUGCCAAGUGGUGAAACCGGUCAAUCACAAUCAGAGAAUGAAUCAAAUACUACCCUUCCAAAUGAUGCCCUGCAUCCAAUAACCACACAAGCAAAUACAACAUCAGUUGUCGAAACAACAACAACAGUAACGCAAAGUAUCACAAGUCCUGUUACAAGUUUGUCAACGGAGGCAGGUAACAGCAAUGAUAGUCAGCCGGUACCCAUGGAACCACUGCCUGCCAUGCAGAAUUGUAUCCCAACGCCACAAAGUAUAGGGGAACCAGAAAACAGUAAUGAACCGCCAGAAAAGAAGCGGAAAACAGAUAAUACGGGCAUUUCACAGUUGCCAUUUGCCCGUGUGGCCCCGUCUCCUGGCGGGGCUAGCGUUGCGUCAUCGGGCACACACGAGGAUAUUGACAACGUAGGAAGCCCUAGUGGCUGGUCCAGCUCAGCAAAAUCUGGUUCUGGUGAUCACAUGAAGCUGUAUGAAAUGGGUAUGGAGCCAGGUAGGCGACCAUUUUUGGAGCGAUUAUUUGCAUACCUUGACGAGAAAGGUACGCCGAUGUCAAACAUGCCUGUGAUCAGUAAACAACCGAUUGAUCUGUUCCGGCUCUAUAUGAUAGUACAGGAAAAAGGCGGCAUGGUUGAGGUUACGAAAGCAAAGAAGUGGAAGGAGAUUUGUGGGUUAAUCAAUGUCAGUGGAUCUGCAAGUGCAGCAUUUACACUCAAGAAAAACUAUAUCAAAUUUUUGUUUGCUUUUGAAUGUCGCUAUGACCGUGGUGGAAUGGACCCAGCACCAAUACUUGCUCAGAUGGAAAAUGAUCUGGAAAAGAAAAGAGCAGCUAAACAGAGAAACAGGGCUCCUUCCCCAGGAUCACAAGGGUCCCAGGAUGGAAUGCCAGGUCAGUUCAUACAGAAUGAUCCCAGCAUGGGUCACAUGGGACAAGGAAUGAUGGGUAAUCACAUGAUGAAUAACAUGGGGCCACAUGGUGCGCCGAUGAUGGGGCCAAACAACAUGGGAGGUCCACAUCAUAUGGGUCCCGGUAUGCAGGGUCCAGGUCACAUGAUGGGGUCAAUGGGUCAUCAGAAUUACCCUAACUCCAACUACAUGAUGCAAGGUGGACCUAACUCGAUGAUGGGCAACAACAUGGGACCGCAAGGUGGGAUGAUGGCUGCAGGUAUGCAGGGUCCUAAUGGUAUGAUGGGUCCAGGAGGAAUGGGCCCACAACAGGGCAGUAUGAUGCCAAACAGCAUGGGUCAGCAGACUAUGAUGAACAAUAUGAACAUGCCAGCAAAUAGCAUGAUGCCUCAUAAUAGUAUGGGGCCAGCAGGUAAUAUGUCUGGACAUCAGCCGGGUAUGAUGCCUCCAAACAGCAUGAACCAACAACAGAUGAUGAGAAAUAACAUUGGACAUUCUCCAGGCCCCAAUAGCGGACCAAUGAUGCCACCUAACAGUAUGAUGAGAGGGAAUUCUGACAGCGUUAGUUGCCAGGAUCCAUUUGCAGAUGAACCAUAUCAGAAACAGAAUUCUGGACCUCAGAUGCCACCAUAUAAUACCAUUCAGCAAAACUCUGCGAUUCCACAGUCCAACUCUCCAAUGCCUCCAAACAGUGGACCUAUGCCAUCACAAAAUUCAAAUAUGCCUCCAAGCAGUAAUACAGCACCAGUGAAUCAAAUAGGUAUGAAUCAACAACCCCACACUCCUCAGUCAAUAAAACCUGAGAUCUCUACAAAUAGUGGAACUGCACAGAGCAAUACGGAAAUGCCAGCAACUUCCAGUAUGAUGCCACAGUCCUCUGGUAUAUCAUUACAGAGUACUGUUAGUGACACUUUCUCAACAAUGACCACAGCAAGUAUUUCUACAUCUACAAAUUCCUCAACAGUGAGCCAGUCAAACAUGUUCAGUCAGGAUAGUAACAGUAACAGCAGUAUGCCAGAGACAGCUGCACCUCAGUCCAUGGCUCCUCAGUCUGUACCAGGUCAGCCUCCAGUGGCACAGCCGGUCAUGUCGCAUGCUUCCUCAGUUCCACAACAAAUGCCGGGUCAGCCACCAAUGGCUCAGCCAAUGAUGUCACACUCUAAUUCAAUGCCUCCACAAAUGCCAGGACAACCUCCAAUGAUGUCACAGCCAAUGAUGUCACAUUCUAAUUCAAUGCCUCCACAAAUGCCAGGUCAGCCCCAGAUGUCGCACUCCUCAUCCAUGCCACCGCAUAUGCCAGGGCAGCCCUCAAUGUCCUCGCAGCCAAUGAUGCCACACUCUCAUGCAAUGCCUCCAUCAAUGCCUGGUCAGCCCCAGAUGUCAUCCCAGUCAGUGAUGUCACAGCCUUCUUCCAUGCCCCAAGAUGGUCCAGCAAACAGUUCUAGUCAAUAUUCAGCUACUACCAACACAACAAGCUCUUCUGGUAGACAGUUCCCAUUUGGUGAUAACCAGUUUAGCAAGCCAGACAGGUUUGACCAGGCAUCGCCCAACAUGUCUCCGGCAAACAAUCCUCCGCUGUCCCAGGCAGGCCCUUCUGGAGUGAAUCCACAACAGGCACCCAUGAAUUACCCCCAGCAGGGUAUGAACCAGGUGCCAUACGGUCCUCACCAACAUGGUGUGGAUCCAAACUACCAGGGUCGCUACAGCAGCCAAGGUCAACCAGGCCCUGAUGGACAGUUCAGUCAAGGUUAUCAUGGCAACACACCCCAGGGUGGAUAUGGGCCCCGCCCACCAAUGAUGGGAGGUGAUCAGUACCAGGGGUAUCCAAAUCAAGGACAGUACGGAAAACCACCAAUGCCUGGGGGCAACAUAUACACAACCCCAAAUAAACGUUACCCAGACAACAGAAGUGAAUAUAUGUCGCCAGCAUAUAAUGGUCGAGGCUCAUUGAGUUUCGAUGAUCGUAUGGGACCAAUGCACUACACUCCUUCCCGCCCUAAUUACCCGGAGUUCGGUGUGGAUAAUAUGGCGUAUUGCUCACAGCCGUAUGGUGGUUCAUCAUCGAUGAAUUACGGCGAUCCAAACACUUCACAUUAUCAGUCGACUCCGCAGUAUAAUGAUUAUAGUGACUCGACAAUGACACCCGAUCGCAGAGACCAGUCUCAAUGGUCACCUAUGCCACAGCAGAGAAGCUUCCAUGGUAUGCCCCCAUACGGCCCUGGUCAGACACCCGGGAUGAGCCCCAGUGGUCCGCCUAACAUGAGUCACAUUUCCAGGAUAAGAAUGUCGCCCACCAGAAAUAGGGAAUAUGUAAUGUCCCCAAAUAACAAACAGAAAAUGAUGCCGUCUAGUGGAAUGCACGGACCAUACAAGAAGGAUAUGCAUUUUCCUAUUGAUACUGUAGAGUCUACACAACCACACCUGAGCAAGAGGAGAAAACUAACAAAACAUGAUGUUGGACCUCAGGGUUACAAACCAGUCUAUACAGGAAGUAAGAGGAAUCGUGGGAGUUUUAGCACAGGGCAAAUAGAAGCCUGGAGAAUUAUGAUGGCAUUGAAAUCUGGUCUCAUGGCGGAGAGCACUUGGGCAUUGGAUACACUUAAUAUUCUCUUGUUUGAUGAUUCCACUGUGGCCUAUUUUGGCCUUGCUCAUUUGCCAGGGUUGUUGGAAGUCCUCCUUGAUCAUUUCCGCCGUUGCCUCAUUGAAAUGUUUGACCUGUUUGAAGAUUCACAAAUUGGAUCUGGACAUGAAGAUUUUAAACAAAAUCUUGUCCGCAUGGCUAUCCUAGAAACUGCAAUGGAAAGGAAUGACGAGCUAGCAGAUAUAGAACUAAAACGUGUAAAUAAAACAUUAGUGAAAAUUGAAAAUGCAGAUAUCACAAGUGAAGAUUUACUAGACAAAAAGACUGAAAAGUCAGCUGAAAAGAAAACUGAUGAAAAGAAAAAUGAAAAUGGGGAAGAUGAAAAUGAUAAGACAAAUGAAACAGAGACUUAUAAGGAAUGGAAAUCUAGACCAAAUUUUACAUUCAUUACAAGACAAGGUAAAGAUGUGAAAUUUGAAGAAAACGCUCGCCCUAAUGGCUUACUAGAUGAAAAGUUCUGGGAUGUUUAUGGGGAGUUUGGUGAUCAGUCAGAUCUCUGGGAAAUUGGUAAAGGUGACUUGACUGAGCACAUAUGUACGCAUGUUGAGGAUUUAAAUGAAAUUAAAAGAUGUUCUAAGAGGUUUUUCCGGAAACCCAUGGAAUUAAAAGAUCCAGAUGAAGUUCAAGAAAAAAUUGAAAAUCCAGAAGAAACUGAAAAAGAUGGUGCAAUCAAAAUAGAGCCAAUGGAAACUGACACUAUAAAUCCAGGUUCUGUAAAAGAAAAAGAUGUUGAAUCAGAAAACCAGUCAAAUCCGGAAAAUUCUGAUAACGAGAAGUGUGAAACUAGUUCCAAUAACACAGACUAUGGUAGUGAUAAAUUUACAUGCGAAAAAGACCAUACCUGUAACAAAUUUAUGAAGGGAGUGACAAUAAAAACUGAACCUAGGGAUAUGUUACCAGAUCAGACUGACUCAAGUAGUGAUAUAAGUGAAGAAAAGCUUGGAGCUAAGUCAUUUUUCAGAGAUGAACCCAGAAUGAAAUUGGCAGUGAAGUAUGAACUUCUAGAUAGUAAUGAACUUGUUCAGAUUUGUAAAACACAGUUUGGUUUGAACACAGAAGGAGAGAGGAAUAAUAUGGAGGAUGAGUCAUACCAACGAAAUGAGCCGCCACUGUGCCUUACAAGCGAGGCGCAGCAGGAGAUAGGCCGAAGAUGUGUCUGUGUUUCAAAUAUUUUCCGCAGCUUGUCAUAUCUACCUGGAAAUGACAUUGAAUUGUCACGACAUACAGGACUUUUGUACAUUCUUGGCAAGUUGCUACUGCUGCACCACAAACAUCUACCUCGAUCUCGGGUGCGACGCAAGUUUGAUCGUGACGAUAUUGAUGAAGACAUGGUUGAUACAUCUCAGGGCAUAGAGGAGUGGUGGUGGGAUUGUUUGAACGUUCUCCGAGAAAACACACUUGUGAUCUUUGCCAACAUUUGUGCUCAGUUAAGGCUUGAUGUAUUCCCAGAUGAGAUUUGCGUUCCAAUAUUGGACGGCUUAUUACAUUGGGUAGUUUGUCCUUCAUCAUGUGCGUCAGAUCCACUCCCGACAGUGGGUCCAAGCUCCGUCCUCUCACCUCUCAGACUCGUGCUUGAGGCUCUUUGUAAACUGUGUAUCCAUGAUAAAAAUGUGGACAUGCUCCUAGCUAGUCCUCCUUAUGAAAGGAUUGUGCAAUUAUUUAGUGUACUGACAAAACUUCUCGCGAACAAAAGUGAGCAAGUGACGGUAGAAUUUUCAGUAGUGUUGUUGUCAGAGCUGGUCAAAGGUGGAAGUAGUGCUGCUCGGGGAGUGGCGCUGCAGCACCCAAGCAUAUCUCUCCUCAUAGACUUUGUUGAGACAGCGGAACAGAAGGCUGUCCAGGUAGCUAACAUGCAUACAGUACAGAUGCUUCGCGAUAACCCAGAAAUGAUGGGGACUAGUCUUGACAUGUUGCGACGAGCCGCAACUGUGCUCUUGCAUUUAGCUAAGGUGCCAGAAAAUCGGAAACUGUUUGUUCAUCAUCAAAGUAGAAUCUUAGCUCUGGUAAUGUCGCAGAUUCUAGAUCAUAACGUUGCAUCAAUACUCUCGGACGUAUUGUUCCAGUGUUCGCAGUUGUCGUAACAUCAACUUGUAGUUUAGAUAUGUUAAAAAAUGGAGUUUAUCACACACAAAACUUGAGCAUGUGCUCUCCUUACAGGGGAGGAAAAAUGGGAACUGAAUGAGAAUUAUUGAAAGCUGGUCUUACCCUGGAAUUGAAAUGAAUGUUGUGUAAACUUUUGAUUGACAAAAGCCUGGCCCAAGAUUUUGUCAUCAUAGCUACAUGGUGUUGUCCCCAGAAAAUGGAAAUAUUGAGCUCAAAAUGUUUAUAGAGAAAAAAAUUUGUGAUCAUAACUUUGAUCUGUAGAUGUUUUUCUUUCAUUUCUAGAUCUUGUUAAAAAUUGACAUAUUUCAUUCUCUUGGCCAUGUUAAACAUGUGCCCCCUUUGUAUCUCAUCUUGUGAAAAAUAUGUACAUGGAAUCUUGUACAUACAUGUGUAUAUUAUAUAUUACAGUUGUUUUCUUGAUGUCAAAUAUAGAUGUUUAACAUUUUCCUCUGAUACGUGUUGAUAUGGUAUAUACAGAUAACUAUUCACAAUCAUUUCUCAUUGAUUAAUCACUUGCUUAAAUUCAUUUAUCAUGCAUGUAAAUUAACACCUCAUUAAUAUUAAUUAGCUCCUCAUUAAUAUCCAUACUUUGUGUUGAUUCACAAGUUUUUUGCAUUUGUCAGAAAAACUGCCUAUUAUGAUAUGAUGUUAAAUUUCUUGUUUUUGUUUGUUACCAAUGUGUUGUAUACGUGGAUAUAAGUCUUUACGAUAUUGUUUUAUUUUUGUACACUAUGAAAGAAAAUUAUGUCUGACUGAAAUGGGAAAUACACGGCAAUACAAAAUAGAUGACUGAUAAUGGAUGUGCAUUUCUAAACUACUAAUGACUAUUCCGGUAAAGAAGUGUUUUUAAUAUAAUUUUGAUGAUGGCUUGAGGCUUUUUCUCUUGUAGAAAAGAGUCUGAAAUCAUUUUGAAAUUAAUGCAUUACAUUGGACAGACUAACUAGUUUUGGGAUGGACUGUUGCUAUAUUCUCAUUGGUAAAAAUCAAAAGAUGAAAAAUUUACUUCUUAAAAAAAAAAAAAAGACAACCAAAAAUUAUUUGUGUCUGGUUUGAAAGAUAUGAUGGAACUUUAAACUUUGGGUAAUUUAGUUUGGUUCAAGUAGUUUGGUUUAUAUUUGUUUGGAUACACAGGUUCUGCUAUCAUUAACAUCUAUAGUUGCUUUUGUUUGAUCUACAACACUAUAUAAUUAAUUAAAGUUCAAUAAAAUGAGACUUUAAAUUUCUUCUAAAAAAUUACAAACAUAGUUUUGCACAGUUUGUAUAUUUUGUCUUUCUUGCAUGACCCUGGUGCUUUAUUGUUUUAAACAAAAUUAUUUUUGCCUUUUGAGCUGACCCAGAAGUUACUGUAGGAACACAUUCCAGGAAUUAUUUAUUUACUGCAUGAUCAAAACAUUUAAUACAUGAUGCUUUUCUUAACGCCUUGUUUUACGUUCACAUGUAUGCCAAGUGAAAAAAUAGCUCUCUGAAAUGUUAAAGUUCUCUUUUCCGUUUAAUAGAACCUACAAGAGGCUAUUUAAUUGAAAUACGUUGGUAUAGGUUGUGAUUGUUCAAUAAGUUGGAAUAGAAUUCAACCAUGAUUUAACUUACAUUUUACGCAAUUUCUGCUAGUGCUGUAGAUUAUUUUGUUUGUUUUGUUAGAGUUUAAAGAAGACAGUAUUUAUUAUUAUUUUUCCAUUGUGUGGGCUUCAGAUCACUGGAAAUAAUGCCGACAUUAUUUGCCUAUAUUGUAGCAGAAAAGAACCACUAAAAUUAAAUGUUCAGCAAUAUACUUUUCUCUGAGAACUUUAUAUUGCAAAUAGAAAUUUUUUAUUUGGAUAUAGAUAGAUAAUUAAAAAGUCUUGUUACGUCUUUCAGUAGUUGUGUAAAAAGGCUAUGUAACGAACUAUAAUUCAGUAAUCACCGAAGAGGAAUUAGAACUGUUAAAUGUUUGGGUAUAACUGGGUCAUUUUUCCUUCUAUUGUUCUCACAUGUGCAGAUAGCUUUAUAACAUUAUGUCAGACAUUGAAAAUGUGUAAAUAAAUUAUGAACAACAA